CCCUUUUCCUGACACUCUGAAGUUACUACUUCAUAAGAAACUGAUCUAUGUGGGCGGCUUAUAGGGGUGCGACAGGAACAUAAUGGUCUGAGCUCACAUGAGAGGGAGAGCUCACAGAAAUGAACAUGAUUACAUGCGUCAGUGUCCACAGGACCCUGGCAUGUUUGCAUCGUGCUUUUGGUGGCGUUCGGUGGAAGAGCAGCUUGAGACUAGCCCCUCUGCUCACAGCCUCUCCUGCCCGGGCCCUCAUCGAUGAACAGAUCAGCAUUAAAGGGCGUUUCCUGCCCCCACAGAGUCCCAUCACAGUGUGCGCACAAAUGCACUGUGAUGACGGUGACCUGUGGGAGUCUUUUGCCCACUAUAACACAAAUACAGAUGGCACGCUCAACUUGUCCAGGGAUCAUUCAGUCGGGGGUUCAUAUUUGGGCUGUGAGCCGAUGGGACUGUUCUGGGGACUUCAGCCGGCUCCUGGUUCAAGAAAAGGUUUAAGGAUGAGGAAAAAAUAUGUAGCGACUCCAUACGUUACGCACUUGUCCUUACUGGAGGGUCACGUUUCUCCCAGUGAGAGGCAGAGCACUGAGCUGGCUGCAGUAACUAGUGAGCGCUGGUACAUGGCACCAGGCAUUCAGAGAAUAGAGAUUCGUCAGGAUGGAGUUGUGGGGACGUUGUUUUUACCGCCUGGCCCAGGUCCAUUUCCAGCCAUGUUGGACAUGUGGGGAAUGGGUGGAGGGCUGGUGGAGUACCGCGCCGCCCUGUUUGCAUCCAGGGGCUAUGCCAGCUUCUCCCUUGCCUACUUUAGGCACAAAGACUUGCCCGGCUCACCAAACCAAAUGAAUGUUGGUGAUUCAUAUUUGAAAUCGGCAUUCCAGCUACUUCAAAAUCAUAGUCGGGUCUGUGCCGACAGAAUUGGGAUCAUCGGUCUCUCCUUUGGAGUCUACCUGACUCUUCGAUUGGCCACUCAGACUGGUGUCAAACCUUCCUGUUUGAUUUGUAUCAAUGGCCCAGUAGGAAGUACCUUCUCGCUUGCAGAUGAGGAGGGCAGGACUGAGCACGUUGAUAGCAACCAGAAAUAUUGGACAUAUGAUGAUCAAGGCUACGUCAUUUUCCGAGACGUCUCCUCACUGAAAAACCUUCCCCCUGAGAACAAAGCAAAGAUAGAGGACCUCUCCUGUCCGAUCAUGCUCAUAGUGGGUGAAGAUGACCUCAGCUCUUCAAGCAAGGAGAACGCAGACCUGGUUAAAGAGACUCUGACUGCUGUAGGUAAAUCCCAGCUGCUGACCUAUCUGUCAUACCCCGGUGCCGGGCACCUGAUUGAACCGCCUUACACACCAACUGCAAGAAUGUCCCUGUGGAGCGUCAAACCAACAAAAAUGUUCACUCUGUGGGGAGGUCACCCUGCACCCCACGCUGCUGCCCAGGAACAUUCCUGGAAGAAGAUCCUGGAUUUUAUAGAAACUAAUCUGAGAAAAUGAUUCUUAUCUGAAACUUUGGAUAGGAAAUACCUUAUCAUAAACGUGACUGUGAAAUGUCUUGGUUUUAUAUGAAAAAAAGAGAAAUGUGUUAUUUUUAGAUAUAAAAUGCUUUUUUGGGGGGGGGGUUUAUGCUGAAUUAGUUAUUUCCCAAAAACUCAUGAGCACAUGCAUCUCUAGUAAUCAUUUGUGCAAAAGAACAAGUGGUUUGUUUGCAACAUUCUUUAUAGAGAAACUCCCUUUUACAGAUCUGUCAGUCAGAUCAUUUACUUAGGUAAAAGUUCUAAUACCACACUGUGUAAAUAAAUAAAACCCCUGCAUUCAAAACUUACUUAAUUAAAAGUAUCAUCAUCAACAUGUAUUUAAAGUAUCAACAAUAAAUGCACUUGUUAUGCAGAAUGGUCCCACUCAGAUUGUUUUAUAGCUUCUAGAUAUAUUGUUGGAUUAUUAUUUUUUUAUGCAUUUAUGUCUAUUAAUUUGGUCAUGGUAGGGUAACAACUUAAGAUACUGUUAUUUAGUUUAACUUAUAGAAAUGCAUAUUCAUUUCAAAUGUAUCAUGAUUUUCAAGUCUUUUUCUAAAAGUAACUUAAGCUGGCAGCUAAAUGUAGUGGAGUAAAAAGUACAAUAUUUGCCUCUAGAAUGUAGUGGAGUAGAAGCAUAAAGUUACAUGAAAUGGAAAUGUUCAAAUACCUCAAAGUGGUACUUAAGCACAGUAAUUGAGUAAAGUUAAUGUAAAUAUACAUCCCAAAACCACUGUCAGUUAAAUCAACUAAUUGAUUAGUCAACAAAAUUGUAUGAGUGUUAGUUAACUAAGAACUCAUUCCUUUAUAUUUAGCAGGCUGCAGAUUCUCCACAAGGGAGCACUGUUUGCAGGUCUAAAAUGUUGCUGAUGAUGCUUUUCUUGCCAAAAAUUGCAUAGACCAGACUGGAGCUGUUGAGUCUGGUUUCAGUUACUCUGCAAACCUUUCUAAUAAAUGUAAGUGUUCUUUUCAUUUGUUUAUAUUUUUAUUUUAUGCAAAGAACUUUUAUAAUGCUAAACAAAAAUCUUCUCAGACGCCUCACUCCCCACUCAGUCAAACUUGAAUAAUUCUGCCAGCAGACAUGCUAACUAAUGACUGUGGUAACUUGGGGUGAAGAGGUCAUGGCAUGACGUAGUAACCAUGGCGAUGAGGGCGAUGAACUCUUUGAAGUCGAUCUCCAGGUUUCUGUUCUGGUCAAGGUCCUCGAAGAGCUCGUCCAGAAUAUCAUUCUCUCUGAUUUUCUGCAGGAAAAUUCAUCAAAAUGAAACAGCUGCAGGCAUUUUAAUGUAA